AUGGCCACCCCUUACUCCUCCUUCAACUCGUCGAUUACAAUCUUCCUCCUUUUCACAACAGCCUUAGUAAUGAUGAGCCACCAAGCAGCUGCUGUGUUCAAGUUAUAUGCAGGUUACACUCUGUAUCCAGGGCAGUACCUUACAUAUAACGGCUACUUUUUUGUUAUGCAAUAUGAUUGUAAUCUGGUCCUCCAUGAAUUUAACUUUCCGAUAUGGAGUUCCGGUACCAAUGGAAUGGGCAGCCGCUGCAUUCUCCAGAUGCAAUUCGAUGGAAACCUCGUCGUUUACAAGGACUUGGGUGCCACGGCUGUCUGGUCCAGCAACUCUCUGCAACCAUACAGGGAUUAUUAUUUUCUCGUCCUCCAAAUAGACCGCAAUGCCGUUAUCUAUAGACCUGACAAUACACCUAUUUGGUCCACCAAUAUCAAGUGA